AUGGACAAGGAAUGGGGAUUUAUCAACAGACCCCUCAUCUUAGAUGGAUCCAACUAUGACUACUGGAAGGCAAAAAUGGCGGCCUUCUUAAAAUCUAUGGACAACAAGACAUGGAAAGUUGUCAUUAGAGGAUGGAAACAUCCUGUUGUGAUUGACGAGGAUGGAAAGGCAACUAUUGAACCGAAACCUGCAGGGGACUGGUCCAAGGAAGAAGAUGAAUUAGCUCUUGGAAACUCCAAAGCCUUGAAUUCCCUAUUCAAUGGUGUGAACAAAAAUAUAUUCAGGCUGAUUAAUACAUGUACUGUAGCUAAAGAAGCUUGGGAAAUCCUCAAAACUACUCAUGAAGGCACAUCCAAAGUAAAGAUGUCUGGACUUCAUCUUCUCACUACCAAAUUUGAGAAUCUAAAGAUGAAAGAUGAUGAGAAUAUCCAUGACUUUCACAUGAGUAUUCUUGAAAUAGGUAAUUCAUCUAGUGCUUUGGGAGAAAGGAUGUCAGAAGAAAAACUGAUGAGAAAAAUUCUAAGGUCUCUACCUAAAACAUUUGACACGAAGGUCACAGCUAUUGAGAAAGCUCAAGACAUCAGGUCCAUGAGAGUAAAUGAGCUUACUAGAUCUCUCCAAACUUUUGAGUUAGGUAUUAGUGACAGAAUUGAAAAGAAAACCAAAAGCAUAGCAUUUAUAUCCAACACUGAAGAUGAACAAAACCAAUUUGACUUGGAUACUAAUGAAGGAAUGGUUAAUGCUAUAGUGCUUCUAGGAAGACAAUUCAAUAUGCUUCUUAAGAGAAUUGACAGGAAUUCAAGAACCAAUUUCAAGAACAUCCCUCUUGACAUUAUUAAUACUAAUGACUUCCAGAGAAGAUCAAGAACUGAAGAGAGAUCAAAUCAAGGACUAUAUGUUUCUUGGUCUGAUGAGGACAACUCGGAAAGUGAACUUGAGGAGGAAGCUGAUAAAUACAUUACUACUCUAACUGGAAGAUGGGAAUCUGAUGAAGAUUCAUAUGAUGAAGAAUUGUCCUAUGAAGAACUAAAUGCUUCAUAUAGAGAGCUCUGA